AGUUGUCAUGAAAUAUUGGCCAGGGUUACAUGGGCAGCCACUGUUAGAAAACUGAUGCACAAAUCAGUUACAGCUGACCAACACAGAAAGUAUUUGAGUUGUCCAAAUGAAGAUGUGGACUCUUCAGAUAACCAUCUUUCAGAAUGCAUAGUGAAAGAACCUUUGAAGGAAAACUGGAGUUCAUACAACAGACUUGUGAAUCAACACCGGGCCAAGAUAAAAGAGCUGUUGCCAUGCCUUAAAAGAAAAUCCCAGGAUAACACUCUGGAAGAAAGCAUGAAUGAAACGGAAACAAAAUGGUUGCAGGAAGGUGCUAUUAAUGAAAAUGUAACUUUUCGGAAAAAGCUUCAAGAAGCAGAGCUUGCAAUUGGUUCAGCUGAAAUGUUUUUGCCAUCAUUUAAGGAAACUCUUGAUAGAAUUACAAAAGCUUGUUACGUUUCUGCAUCAGAUAUGGUAAAGAUUUCUAUGCAAGCAGAUUUACUGGUAAAGGAGCUAGAAGCGUUGAAAAAUAUGAAGGGAUGGUUACAACAACUACUUAGAGCAAGCAAGGAAAAAGAAAUAACCAGUAAACGGCUUCGAGAAUUGACACAGACGUUAACGGAAAGUGAAAGUGAAGCUUUAGAUCUUAAAAAUGAAGUUCUUCAAAAAGAGAGGAUCAUUUUAGAGCAUUCUGCUCAACUUCAGCAAGAGAGAGCUGAUGUACGAAAAGCAUCACACCAGGUAGAAUUGGUACAAGUAGUACAAAAUCACUUGCAAUGCCAGAUAGAGAAAAAGGAGGCUGAGAAUAACCAACUGAGAACAAAAAUUCAGGCUAUAGAAAAGAACAUUACUGAAUGGAAGCUACAAAUUGGAGAGCAGAAGCAGCAGAUUUUGGCUGAAAAGGAAAGGAGAAGGGAAAGGAAGGCUGCACUGAAAAAAGCAGCCAGUGUUCAGAAACAUAGAGCUGAACAUUUGGAAGCUUCUGUGGAAAACUUAAUUUCCAAAAUUAAGGAGAAGGAAAUCCAAUUGACUGAAGCACUUACAGCUUCUAAUGUCUGGAAAAGUCAUCAUCAGACAGUGGUAGAUGAAAAAACCAGGUUAGAAGUUCAAGUUAUAACUCUGAAAAAGCAGGUGGAAGACCAUUUGCUGGAACUACAAAGACUACUGGAUGAUGGGAGGAAGUCCAAGGGAGAGAUUCUUGGAAAACUUAAAUCUGUCCUCUCUGAAAAAGAAAAUGUUUCUCUUGAAAAUGCAAAACUAAAGGCAUCCUCUGCUGCUUUGGAAGCGGGUAUUAAAUCUGCAGAAGCUGAACUCUUGGACUUGCAUGAAGAAGCAAAGCAGCAAGAGAACCUGGUUAACCAAUAUAAGACUGAGGUGCAGAAAUUAGAAAUGGAAGCCAAAGAAUUAAAAGCCAGGUAUGAAAAGGUCGUCCAGGAAAGGGGAAAGUUAAUGGAAGCCAAAGAUUUAGAAAUGCAUAAGGUAGACAACAGUGAUGAUUUCUUGAAACACCAUUCUUUGGAAGAUGAAAACUACACCAUUCAGAUGAAAUAUGAAGAAGUUCAAAGAAAAUUAGGUGAAAUGGAAUUACAAAACAAAGGACUUGAAAAUCAGCUGGCGAACCAGGAAGAGAAUCUUCAGAAAACUGAAUUGCAGUUCAAGCAGAAGCUUGCGAGUUACAGUGCUUUGACCAGACAACUAGAAGCUGCCUUGGAAGAUGGACGGAAAAGGCUAGCAGAAGAGGUAGAAAAAAUUUCAUCUAAAGAGCAGGUCCUCCAGUUGAAAAUAUUGGAUCUAGAAAAUGAACUAAGACAGAAAAAAGAAGAACAUAAACAACUAGCUAGAAAAUUGAAUAAUAGUGAAAAACAUCGUGAAGUAUGCUUGAAGGAACUAGAACACAGUCUCCAAAAAUCAGAAAACCAGAACCAAAGCCUCCAGAAUUAUGUACAAUUUUUGAAAACCACUUAUGUAACCAUAUUUGGCUAACUUCUUGUUUCUUUCAAAACAUUAGCACAAAAUGUGGGUUCAGAUGUGUGCUUACCUCAUCAGAGCUCCUAUUUUUAAACCUGUUACUUUCUCUAAUAUGGAUACAAACCUCUGUCUGAAGUUUCUAACUCCUAGUAAUACACCUCUGAGAACUGCUUCUGCAGUUGUACCCAAGAAAAAAAGGGAUAUUCUUUAUCUUGAAUUUGACAGAUCAGGCUAGGGGAUCUCCAUGGAUGAUUAUAUGAAUAUUUGAAGUAUGUUGGUAUUGUCCUUUGCAUACAAACCCAUAUAGGACUUCCCUGUACGCUCUGAACUGCCCCCCCCCCUUGAGUGAGGGUGGUCACUCAUGCAGACACACCAGAAGACAUGUUGAGCUCUGGAUUAGGGUCAGUAAUAAACCAGAAACAUGGCACAAGCUUGGACAGAGUUGUUCUGAUAGUUAUUGUGCCUUGCUGGAGAAAAUAUUUCUAGCUACUUAAUUCACACACUUGAAUUGAAUGCAGUAGUAUGAAUCAACACCCUGGCCCAAUAAUAAUACGGAUUGUACUGAUGGUAGGUUAAGGAUAAACAAAUGAAAGCUCAGCCUAUUUUCACAGAUCUCUGUAUACAUAAUUAAAAUCAGGUGUACUCUUACUGAUAAUAGCAUAAGCAAGGCUUUUAAAUUUGUGAUUGGGUUGAUACAGUUAACCUUAGCAUUGAUGCAUUCUAAAAGCCAAAUUGUGUCUAAUAUAAAGAAAACUAAUGAUCACAGAGAAUUGCGUCCUCCCCAUGUACGUAAAACCAGUAGAGUGUUUCCACAAAAAGUGUCAUAGUAUCAAAACAAAGGUGUUUUUAAAAAAACAAAAACAAAAAACCAAAACACUAGGAAAAUUGGUGCCCAGUAAAAUCUCUCUGGGUACAUUUUUUAUGUUGCACAUUUCUCACUGUUCAAUAUGCUUUAGAAAAUGGCUUUUAAAGUACUGUAUAUGGUACUAGGGAAGUGUUUCAGUUCAACACUAACUUAAACUAAAUUUUUAGUAACAUUUUAAAACCUUUUUCUGACUUAUUUCAUAACAGGACAACCUGGAAUCAAUUUAUCUCCAUCCCCCUCAAAACAUCAGAAUUCCCCUCAGAUGUGGAAGAGAAACAGCAUUUUGAUCACUUGCAGGCAGGCCCGGUACUUGCAGGGGAGGGGCUUCAAUAGAGAGCAGAAGUUCUGUCCUUCCUUAUAAACAGCUUUGCCUGUCCUCUCCUGGGAGAAAGAGGGACAUGCUACAUAAACAGAAGAGAGUGUAAAGAGGCAAUUGCCAGGACAGAAAGCAGCCAUACGGAGAGCUGUGUGAGGUAACACGAGGCCUAGAAGCAGGCAGGGAGAGGUUUAUUGAAGACAGCAAGAGAGCUACAAGGAAGACCCCGCAAGGUUUCUCUUGCUUUAUGCAAAAUAGUCUUCUGUGGCAUUUGCCCCCUUUAUGUAUUAAACAUAGUCUUUGCUGCGUAUGAAAAAGGCAAAGGUCUCUAGUACAUAUUUCCUAAUAACCACCCCCAUAAUAAAGAACCAAUAGGAUAUCACUUCAGUGUUCCUUCCCACUGUGUGAAUCAAGUCACUGUUGCCCUGUAACUUACAUUCUGCCUACCUUAGGAGGAUUUAUCUGCCCUUCUAGGUAGUGUGUGUGUUUGUAAACAUUCUUAUAUUCUUUCAUGUUAGAAUUACUUUUGGUGGCAAGAUCUCUCUUCCCUUUGAGACUGUAUCAUCAAUAAAAGGCUCCCAUUCUUAUGUGUGGGGGCAGGUAUGUACCAGAAUCAUAUGGGUGGAGCCAAUUUGCACCUCCCACCAGUUCAUUGCACUGCUUGGUGAUGGUAGGGAAGGACCCACAAAACAGCCCCCCUGGUUUUUCUGGUAUUCUAUGAAUGGGACUACAGCAUGGGGAAACAGCUCUCAAACCACUGAGAACGUUUUAUCGUUUGGGCCACACUCAGAAUGUAAUGCAUAAUCAUGGAAAUGGCUAAAUUUGGACCUGAAUGGUAACUGCAUUUAUAUGUAAUGUCUUAAUCUAUUAUGACGAUUGAACAGAGUUCUAGUUGUGUUAGCAGUCAGACCCCUCCUCUUGCAGAGGGGCAGUUUAUAGCUAGAAUAACAGUAAACAUCCUUCUUAAAAUAUCACCCCAAAAUUCAUAAGUGCAUGACACUGUCUGGCCCAAAAUGAACAAAAUGGAUGCAAGUCAGGAACAAGCCAAGGCAAGUAGUUUAGAAGUGUAAGAGCAGCUGACUGUCUACUGCCCCCUCCAUGCUUUGGAGAGAUGCAUAAUUUAGGACAAUGGGUCUCCCAAAACUUUUGUACUGAUCCCAUCAACACCCAACCUUACUUCUGCUGUACCUGUUUACCUUGAUUAAGCAGCAAUGUGAUCAGCACUUAAUUCUAUUCACCUAACCCAUUAGCCCUUCUUGCCUGGUAUUUGCAGGGUCAUCAAAUCUCUCCAACACUAUUGUCCACCUCAGAAAAGCCCAUUAAGUUAUUUUUCGGGCAUCAUGUCACCCGCUUGAGGGUAUGUUUUGCCCUAUAUCUGGAGCACCCUGCUUCCCAGCAGUGUGCAUGUGUGUCUUGGAUCUUGCACAUACAUACCCACUUUGUUGGUCUUUCUUCUCUCUCAAAACACUGGUUGUUUUGCUGCUUCUGCUGACCUUUUCAAGAUUGGUAAUUAUCACCCUCCCCUAAAAUCACUGUCCCCCUCUUCUCCCUGUGUUUCUAUUAGUUAACUCCUGUAUGUGUGUUGUU